UUUCGUUGUUUUCAGCGGAAAAGCCCGAAGCGUAACUUCCUGGAAACGAACAUCAUCGUGAGUCCAAAUAAAUCAUUUAUUAUCAGAGUCCCGUUGUAAGGUUAAAGGGUGACGUUAGAGCGGACAUCACGGUAACAAACCGGCACUCUCAGAGACAAACCAUCAACGGUUCACCGGUACAUCCGCUAACCGAGCCUGUUAGCUUUAGCUGCUUUUAGCUUAGCUUAGCUCCAUACACGUAGCUCGGUUCGGACCAGGUUGGAUUGGAUCGGUACUGACUGAAUGAUGGGAGCCCACCGAAGUGAGGGAGGCCGGGACUGGGCCGAGCAGGACGGGCAGGAGCAGCUGGAGCAGAGCCCGAAUCCAUGGAACCUGAUGAUCAAACACCGACAGAUUCACAGACGAGGACGGCGCUCACACAUGACAGUAAGCUACACCGACCCUCAGGUGUCCAUGGACCUGCUGAGGGCGGUGCUUCAGCCCAGCUUCAACGAUGACAUCAUGGCGGUGUUCAGAAAGUACCAGAAGUUUUUUGACAAAGCAGCAGAGAACGUGAAGGAGAACGUGGGCGAUGAUGUUCAGACAGAUCAACUGAUUAAAGAGGCCUGUAGGAACGUUCUGGAACAUGCCAAACAGCUGUUUCCAGAAGCAGAGGUGAAGAGGGCGGGGCCAGAGGUCGUGAUCAAGCGGUCCAGGCCUGUUGAUGAGGACUACAGUCAGAGAGGAAGUCCUCUGCUGAAGAAGAGGAGAGCUCGUCCAGGAGUGGCGGCCGUCUCUGAUCGUCCUCACAGCUUCUCCUCUCAAGUGAAGCCUAAGCCUGACCCCAUCAAAAGAGAAGGCCCAAAGUGGGAUCCAUCCAGACUCAAUGAGAACAGCACAUUUGUUCUUGGCUCCAGAGCCAACAAGGCGCUGGGGAUGGGCGGGACCAGGGGGCGGAUCUAUAUGAAGCACGCUGAUCUCUUCAAGUAUGCCGCUGAUGCGAAGGAUAAGCAGUGGUUAGCAGAGAGACACCACAUGAAGGCGACAGGAGGGAAGAUGGCGUACCUGCUGAUCGAGGAAGACAUCCAGGAUCUGUUUCGCAGUGACGAGUAUAAGGACUGUCCUGAAGUCCGGGUGGAUGAGAUUAAACCGUUCAACGUUCCUGCCUGGAUGGUGGAGAAGAUGCAGAGAGCGAUGGAGGCUCAGAGAGACUCUGACCUUUGACCCCAGUCACUGUAGAAAAAAAAAAUCUGCCAUAAUCUUUAGAAACUGACUAGCCAAUCAGAGAGCAGGGAUUAAUCAUGUGACUGUCAGGCUCUUACUGGCUGCUUCUGUUUUUCUAUUUACUGCUUUUUUUAAAAAAAAAAACAAAUAAAAACAAUUUUGCCACA